UAACUGCUAACCGCUAACUGCUAACCGCUAACUGCUAACUGCUAACCGCUAACCGCUAGCUGCUAGCUGAUGGAGGAGUUUCUGUCGAGCAGUCGCCGAGCCGUGCAGGUGGACUCAGAGCAGCCCGGGCCCGGGUUCCACGUGGUUCUGGGGAAUGAGGCGUGUGAUGUGGACUCCGUGGUGUCCGCCCUGGCCUACGCCUACUUCCUGUCCAAGACUUCGCCCAGUGACCUGCUCGCUCUCCCUGUGAUGAACAUCCGGGAGGCGGAGCUUCUGCUGCGCUCAGACGUCGUCUUCCUGCUGCGACAGAGCGGUUUGUCUCAGGACGUCCUGACGUUCCGAGACCAGCUCGACCUCCGAGCGCUGCACCGAGACGGACGCCUGCGGCUGACGCUGGUCGACCACAACGUCUUACCCAGUUCAGACAGUGACCUGGAGGGGGCGGUGGUGGAGGUGAUCGACCAUCACCUGCUGGAGAGAGAGCCCUCGGCCUCCUGUCCUGUUGUCGUGGAAACCGUGGGAUCCUGCGCUACCUUGAUAACCGAACGCAUCGUCCAGAAAGCUCCGCAGAUCCUGGACCAGCAACUCGCUCAGCUGCUCUACGCGGCCGUGGUGUUGGACUGUGUCAACAUGGCUCCUGCUGCAGGGAAGGUGACUCCUAAAGACAGUCAGUACGCCGCCAUGUUGGAGAAUGGUUUCCCCACUCUGCCACCGAGGGGCGCUCUCUUCCAGGCGCUGCAGAAUGCCAAGUUUGACGUCUCGGGUCUGAACACUGAACAGAUGUUGUUGAAGGACAUGAAAGCUGUUUCAGGAAGUUUGAAUGUUGCUAUUUCCGUUCUCUACAUCCCACUGGAGGAGUUCCUGCAGAGGGCGGAGUUGGAGGCGGAGCUCUCAGGUUUCUGUCAGAGGUUGAGAUUUGAUUUGCUGCUGUUGAUGACCAUCUCCUUCACUGAGAGAGAAGAGCCAAUCAGAGAGCUCGCUUUGUUCAGCCACAGCUGCACCUGCAGGCAUCAGAUGAGCCAAUACCUGGAACAGGCUCGUAACCCCGCCCUCAACCUCUGUCCAAUCAGCAGCCCCCACCCUCACAUCACAGCCUAUCAGCAAGGAAACACGUGGGCGUCUCGUAAGAAGGUCCUCCCCAUCGUGAAGGGUUUCCUGAAGGAGCUGGACGGAGACGGUUGCCUGGGAAACGUGGAAGAGGAGGAGUCCCGGUUCCCUCCCACUCCGAUGAACAGCCUGGUGGAGGGCUGUCCCCUGGACGACGGCCUGCCGCACAUCAGCACUCAGGACCUGGUGGACAAGGUCAGCAAGAUGGCCGACAGAGGAGGGAACUGACCUCUGACCUCAGCUGAGAGUCUGAAAACAAUGAAGGAUUUCUGGAUCGUUCCGCCGCCGACACCAGACCCGAUUGGGGCGGCUUCAGGGAAUAAUAAUAAUAAUGAUUAUUAAACAACUGAUGCAUUGAUAAUAACAACUAACCCUUAACAUUUCUGAGGUGUUCUGUUUGUUAAAGCUGCCACGUGUACGUUUUGACUUUACUACAUAACCAACAUUAUCUUACGUUAGCAUUAGCAGCUGUUUACACCAACUUAUGUUUCUAGACAUGAAAACACAGAUGUUGGUCUAAACCCGCAUGCUAACCAGCUAGCUUCGGCCUGUUGUCUACCCAAACAACAGACACCGCUUUCACAGAAAACUAACAAUGAACCUUAAAUGAACAACACACUGUUUCUACUAAAUCAACGGAGAAACAAAAUGUGGACUCAGAUUGUGUGAGGCCUUUUUGACCUUGGGAACUUGUCCUGUUUGCUACAUGGAGCAGCGUACAGAUGCUCGUAGGUCAUUUUCAGAAAUACAAGUCAGUCCAACGUAACCUCUGUCUCUGCUGCCCCCUUCAGGCCCUCAGAGUGAGCGCUCCUUCUCUUUGUCCUCUCAUGUUCUCCUGCGGGAAGUCGUCCUGUGUGAACAUGCAGCAGGUCCAGAAAGCUGAGGACCAGGACAAGUCUGACAUAUCUCUGCUCCACCUUCACAGGGUUAGCAUUAAGCCCAAUUCUUGCUCCUGCGUUGAAGCUACAUCGUAGCAUAUAGCAUGUGUACGCACGUGUAGGCGCAGAGCCCUACGCUGUACUCUGAUAUGCUCCUCCCCAAAGUGUAACUAUGCAUCGAAGCGAUGCAGACCACAAGAGCUGUGAUUGGUCCACUUGCUAGCAUCACCAGAAGGCUCGCCGCCAUUUUUUGAAUUGAGAUGAAGGAACGAACACGGACGGCGUCUUUCUUUAUUUUGUUGCAGUUCUUUAAGAAUAAGUAAUUGCUCUUCAACAUCUAUCAUCUCCAACAUGAACCUCUUACUAACAUUCGCCAUCGCUAUGUGCGUCGCAGUAUGGAAACCUCACUGUUGCCCUGAACGCCAUUCAGAAAUCUGUCAGAUCAAUUAAGUUUUGUUUGAUCGUCUGUAUGAAAGAAUAAUGCUUGAAUAUUGGUAUUGUAAAGACAUUUUAUUAAUCAGUUAAAAUAUAUUCAACAAAAUAAAAACAUUUGUCCACAGUCCUGAUAUCAAUAAAGAUUUUAUUUAACAGUU